AUGGCUACGGACGGUGCUAAUGACCCCGGGGAGUCCCGGCGGCGGAUCAUACUCGACAAUGUCAUUUACGAGCCUGUGAGCAGUGUCGUAUCCUCUCGCCAGCAACGCUCACAGGUCUCCAUGUACAAUUACAGCGAGCUCAGGCGCAUGGAUCCUUACAAAUACAAGGGGCUCCGCUCCAUGCGCAGACGCCUCCGGCUGCUCCGCCUCCACGGCGGGGGCUUGUUGGACCCCGAGAUCACCUGCGAGUUGUUCGAGGUUGAAUACGACAAGGAUGACCAAAACAUCGUCAGGAGAGUCUUGAGCAAGGACGAGCGAAGUGCCAAGCGCGAGAGUGUCCUUGUCCAGGCUACGGGGAAGGUCUUCCGGAGGGAUGGAAACCAAGCCACCGACUCGGAGGACGGCGUUGAUACUAGGCCUCGACUUCGGGCUCGUAGGUCUGCACGCAAGGGUCUGAAGAGAAACGGGACGGGGGAAGUGGAGGGAUCAUCUCGACCGUCGGCAUUGGCUCCGCAACGGCCGCUGCUCAGCCUCGAGUACCUGGUAUCCAGCUUGUCUGUCUUCCGGGCUACACAGCCUCGAGACGCCGUGUACUCGAUGCUCGCAAUUUCUCGGGACACGGCGCCAUUUGCCGAGCCGCGGACCAAGUCCCGGGAAGGAUCCGAAGAGGCAAUCAUCAUGUCUACUGUCUCAAGCUUCCUGGAACGCAAGCCCUUUAGGGUCGACUACAGUCGGGCGUACAGUGAUGUCUGCAAAGACUUCAUCUCAUUUUGCAUCCAAAUCAGCGGAAGAUCGGAACCGACGAGGGCUUUGGAUAUUCUGUGUCGACCCUGGGCGCCUGAUCCGGAGGUCACUGCCGGGGGCGUGGUGCACGAGCAUCGAAAGCCGAUGCUGUACAAACAUGAAGAGGAAGAGCAAGAGGAGCAGAACGAGCAGGACAAGGAUAUAUCCCUUCCUUCUUGGAUAUCUUGUAUUUCAGGGGCAUCGUUUGCCCUUUACCGCCAUCCUGGUAUGCACAAGGCCGGGAGAAUCGGGAGAAUGAACGCGGACCCCCUGGUAGGCCUUCCUCAGGACGGCCACAAGAACUACAGCGCUGCUCAAAACACGAAGGUCGAUUUUAAUUCAGGCCGUCGUCUGCGCUUCCGGAAACGCCCCAUGCCAGACCACUGCAGUCUCUACACCGAGGGUUACAUCCUGGCCAAGAUCGAAAGCGUGGCCGAGCCGGCGAGGCUGGGCGCCAUCCCGGAAACGUGGACCAAGGUCGCCGGCUGGGAGAACGCCGUCGACGGCCAGACAGACCCGCCUGUGGAGUUCUGGAGGACCCUUGUGGCUGACCGAGGUAAAGACGGCCGGAAUCCGCCCUACUACUACGCCACGGCCUGUAGGGAGUCGGUCAGGAAGGGUGGUCUCCGUGGCGGCUCGGUAAACACUGGCGCCCUCAUCAACAGCGAGAGGAAUUCCAUCAUUGCUGACUUCUGUCGGCGCGUCCAGGCCGUUGUAUGGAACCGCUGCUUGAUCAAGACAGGCGAGCCUCUUAAUGUUCUCGGUCUGGCUAGCCAACACGUCCAGAAAGGUGACCUCAUCCGCAUUAUCUUCGGAUGCACGGUUCCGGUCAUUCUGCGGAGAAAAGAGAAGCGAGAGGGAGACCCGGAAAAAGAGAAAAUGCAGGACCGAAUUGAGUCGAUGAAAGCCGCCAUGGAAGUGUGCGAAGAGACAUGCUCCCGGAAGCUUCGCUAUCAGAAGCGGCUCCAGAUAGAGCGAGCAAGGGGCAAAGGUCUCGACAUGAUAUGGAAGAAAGAGGUGUUGGCAGAGCUGAAAGAGGUCAAUAGUCAGAUGAGAAAGUGGAGGGAGCGGGAAGAGGAGGACAAGGAAAGGAAGAUUGAGGAGGCUAAAGACCAGGAGGAUAGAAAAGACAGGGCAAAGCACCGCCAAAUUGCGGCAAAGAUGAUGAGAGAAGAGGCAAAACUGCAACCUCUUCAAAAAUCCAAAACGAUGCCAGACGCAGGCCUCAGGUCCGUGGCGAUGGAAACAGCGCCUAGUGUGUUGAACGAGGGUGGGCCAGAGCAACCUGAAGGGACUCAGAGCACCCACGCGACUCCUCCUCAGGCGCACGGCCAAGACGGACACGACGCAGUCAGAGAGACAGGGCAAACUACCACAGAGCAGUUGAAGAAGGAGAGACAAAAGAAGAAAGACGAGGCACGGGUGGAAGAUCCCAAGGUCUACUACGAGGUCAUGGGUGAAGCCUAUAUACACGGCAUGAUGGACGGAGAAGCAGUGAGACGACAGAUAAACGAGGACGAGCCAACGCGUAUGUUUGAGAUUCGAUAG